AUGUCAGCUGCAGAGGUUCCAUACGAACGAAUACAUAUUCCUCAAGAUCAUUCUCCUGGUGCGGCCGACAUCAACCGAAGGAAGCAACAGCCACAACAGCCACGUCAAUUGCUAUCAUGCACGAAGUGUAGAGAGCGCAAGGUCAAGUGUGAUCGCACAAAGCCAUGUUCGGCAUGUUGCGCUCGUGGCUCUCCGCGGGACUGCUACUUCAUCGCAGAGGACGGCAAUUAUGCUCCAAUCCAGCAGAGUUACGAGCUUCGGAAAUUACGCGCCGAGAACCUACGACUCAAAGAACGACUACGCUCCUGCCAAAUACCGCUGGAUGACGAUGACGCUGGCCGCGAAGUCUCACCCGACUCUGUCUCCAGAGAGGGCGCUGCUACAUCUCACAAGCGACGCACAACCAAGCAGAAACGCUUUCAGACUUCAGAAUGGCAAGACAGCAUCUAUUUUGGCUCGCCAGGGCUGGCUACUGUCAUUAGCGAUUUCACUGCAGCGGACACUAGCUGUCUACCAUUAUCCUACACAACACCUCGCGGCUCGGAUAUGUUCCGCAGCUCGCCAACGUAUCCCUACCCGACUCUUUUCAGUGCUGCACCGGACGAAUGUUUUCCACAACUACUAAGCUGUCUGCCCGAGAAGCAAGAACUUAUGGAAUACUUGGGAGCUUUCCAGAGACGAGUCUAUCAAGUGCCUGCGGAGAUGACGAACGAUGAGGUAGAGGGCUUCUUGUCAGACGCUAGAAAGAAUUCUGAGCUCUAUCCGACUACUUUGGCGUUCCUGUUUGGGCUUAUCGCACUGGGGGCACAGCACUCAACGUGGGAUAGAGGAGGAGGACAAUGGAAAGCCAAAGUCAUCGAAGUUGAAACACAGAAGAGCAAUGUCUACAUUGCAGCAGCGAUGCAAGCUUUACGACUGGCUUCAUUUACACACAAACCUUCCCUCUCGUCAAUUCAAGCGCUGCUCAUGAUCGGAAGUUAUCUGACCAACGAUGGAAGAAUGCUAGACGCAUACACGUUAUUUGGUACUACUAUUCGCCUCGCCCAUUCGAUUGGUCUUCAUCGUCACCCGAAGUAUCUUGACCCGGCACCUACGAACGAAAAGGACUGCGCAGUGCGACAAAAGGUGUGGUGGCAUAUGUUGCACCUAGAUGAACACAUGUCCAUGACGCUCGGCAGACCUCUUGGAAUAACCGGCAUCGGAGAUAACCCUUGGCCAGUCGAAUUGACGACUGAUCAGGUCUUGCUACGUUUUGGCGAAUUCGUCAAUCAUUUCACCGUAUUGGCCAGGCAAAUUAUGAGUUGCGACCGCUUGACGAGUGCCAGGAUUGAUGAGCUUACAGACGCACUUCGAAGAUUACUGGAUACGGUGCCUGAAACGCUGCAAUUCAAUGACACCUGGAUGUACCCUGAGACUAAUUUACCUGAUCUAUACGCUAUAGCUGUUGUGUACUUCUGUAAAGCGCACACGUACAUCGUGCUCUUGAAUCGGCAGAGAUUCGAGAAGCACACCACCCAGGACGCCGUGCCUAUCGGCACAGAUAGCGCGACAGCAUUCCAGGCUGUCAACCGCUUCCAACCAGAGACAUGGUCAACACUAGCCGCUCGUCGCGCAAGAACGCUAGUACUUGCUUCAUCGGAAGCUCUUCUUACCGCCUUCAUCUUCUUUUAUCACCGAGACCCAGCAGCGCUGAUCAGUUGGACCCUAGCGCAACAGGCCUUCAACAGUUCCAUGAUCCUCCUAUUGGACGGCAUAGAAUGCCGGACAAUCACCGUUGACGCCAUGAAGGCAGAACAAGCGUUCGUCAUCUUUAAAGAUCUCUACGAGAACAAUGUGCAUAGCCUUGCCGGACUAGCCGUGGAAAAGAUCAGCUGGGGUCUGCAAGAGCUGCGUACAGCCGUCACAAAACAGCCUGGCGUUCCACCACGAAAACAAGGAAAUGCGGCAGCCCAAGAAGCUGACAAGAGUGAAUCGACAAGGAUUUUGAGUAGAAGUGAUACAGUCAUGGGCCAUAUGGAAAUGUCCCUGCUCGAAGGUCCUGGUCAACAUGCUAUCCAAGACUUAGCGCUUACCAGCGAAGAUCAUGCAGGGUCUACGCAGAUCGACCACGUUGCGACCAGCGCCCACAAGAUACGCGACAAGGUCCGGGGAUGGUUACAUGCAGCCGCAUGGUUACACGGCUCCAGCAACGCCCUCUGA